AGGAAAACAUGGCUGAAAUUUUUGUACUGAAGAAAUUUAGUCUAUAUUUGCAUUGACUUCUCGUCGUUCUGAAGUGAUCUUUUGAGGUAAACAGUGUAUAAAUAGAGGGAAGACUUUAAUCUCAAAAGCAUCACCAUGACGACAGCAGCUAGGCCAACAUUUGAGCCGGCUCGAGGGGGUCGAGGGAAAAAUGAGGGAGAUUUAGGUGCUUUAUCAAAACAAUACUCAAGUAGAGAUCUUCCGGCUCACACCAAACUCAAGUACAGGCAAGAAGGGCAAAACUCCAACGAGGAAGUGCGUGGGCGUGACUUCAGGAGAGACCUUGAAGAUCGUGAGCGAGCUGCACGAGAAAAACGGGAUAGAAACAGAGAGUCUUCCAGUGGGGGUGCCAGCAGUAGCAGCAGUAGUACCAGUAAGAGACCCAGGAUAGAACAAGUGCCAGCCUCUAAUCUUGAUGCUGAUGACCCUGUGGACGAUGAAGAUGAAGAUUCCGACUCUGAUGAUGAAGAUGACACAGCUGCUCUGCUAGCAGAACUGCAGAAAAUCAAGAAAGAGAGGGCUUCAGAAAAAGCCAAACAGGAAGCUGAGAAGAAGGUAGAGGAAGAGAGAAUCAGAACAGAGAACAUUCUCAAGGGGAAUCCCCUUUUGAACCAGGAAAAGAUGGCUGAGUUCAAAGUGAAGAGAAGAUGGGAUGAUGAUGUUGUUUUCAAAAAUUGUGCAAAAGGAGAUGAAGAGAGACAGAAAGGUCGGGGUUUUAUCAAUGAUACACUGAGGUCUGAAUUCCACAAAAAGUUCAUGGAGAAAUACGUCAAGUGAUAAAAUUGAACAGAUUACAGAUGAGAAAUCAGCUGUGACACCGUCAGUUUCAGGAACGUAAUGCUGGAGUUUCAGUAUUCUUACCCAUUGCAGUAAAUGAAUGCAACAACACGCUGGAAGUACAACCCCAUCAGUGCAUUCUUACAUUUUAUCUGCAAAUGUGGAACUGUGUCCAGCAGUAACCUCAGAAUGAUAACCAUUGAGAAGACUGACACUGCACUACCAUAAAACAAGUCUUGAGCAUCAGUAUCUUUAAGAACUGCCGUAACAGUUGAUGCUUGCAAUAACACUAAAGUACCACCUUGUCAGUAGAGUCCUACAUUCAUCUUGUCUGCAAACGUGGAAAAUAUAUCAGUGAUGACAUGAAAUGGAACCAUUGGUCAACCCCUAGCUAGAAAUAAAAAGGGCAGGGUGCUGUGGAACAUUCUUCAAAAAAGUGGCAGAGUGACAAUUUCUACUGCUUAUCUAAAUGUAUUUACAUUUUGCCAGACAAAAAAACGGGCAGGGUACAGCACCCUUAUAAAAAACCUGGCUAGGGGCACGAGUUAUUAUAGCGCAUUGAAAACGGAGAAGUUACAGUCUAAAUUACGUGUGGAGAAAUUCAGCAUUCAAAGUCGACGCAGAAAUGGUAACAAAACCAUGAUGAAAGUAUUCCUGUAUAAGGACAAUCUGGGCAUUUACCCAGUGACUUGUUAGACUACAUGUCCGUCAUUUUUUUGUAUACAUUCCUGCUUUCCACCUUGGAUAUUCCCCACCAAAGUCAUUUACAGGUACAGAACUGUGCUACAAUGAAAGGAUAGUGACUGUGUAAAUCUACUGUAAUACAUGGUUCAGUAGGCUAUUGGCAGUUCUAAUCAUCAUCCUUGAUGUUAUGUUCAAUACAAGUUUCCUUACUGCAUAUAUGUGUUCGGCUUGUGACCAUCUGUUAUAACUGCUUUCAGUGGCAUUUCAAAGAUUGUGAGGAAGUAUGCUAACAAGACAUUCUUUAUAGAUAUACAAGUUACUAGCACAGUAUUUAGAUGUUAGUUUGUAUAUUAAAUAAUAUUGUGUUAUGAAACUAACCAAGAAGUUGUAUAUCCAUAAGGAACUUUUGUUAGUGUACCAAUAUCGAAUAGAACUAUUUUUUCCCCACAAUAAAUACAUAAUUUGUACAUGUGCAUUUUAUAAUUUCUAAGGGUUUAUCUUGGAUUAUCCAUAUGUAAACAUUAUAUUACAUAUAAAUAUAUGUAUUCAAGUUUCCUUAAAGACAUGAAGGGUCUUAGUAGUCCCUAGUUUGUUGGGUUAACAGUUCAAAUCCAGUUCAAGCUAAAUUUUAUGACAGUUUGUCAGGUACCUGUUAAUGAAGAGUGCAUGAUUUCCACCAUGUCCACAGAGCUAUGCCAGCAUGCCACUCUGCACAGAAUGGAUAAAUGAAUUAUUCUUGAGUACCUUGGCUUAAAGCUACAGUGAAGCACGUGAAGAGAAAGGCUGAAGAAAUCUUAUCCUUAAACAAAGAAAAUAGGCUGACAAAUACAAUAAAAAUUCUUGCACAUAAGUAAAAUGAUUUUUAAGGGAUAUGUGGAGAGGCAAAAAACGAAUGUCUUUGUGGGAAAACCUGAAGAAGGAACAUGUCAUUCAUUAGUCCUAAUCAUAUAAUAAUUUCAUAUUUAUCACUGUGUACAAUGCAGUUGCGUGCCCUUUGUAAAUAAACUAUGGUUCAGUAAUACCACCCUUC